GUCAUGUCUGAGGUGACUAACAGCACACAAGGGGCUUUCUACUUCCUCCUCCUGGGCAUCCCUGGUUUUGAGGCCUCCCACAUCUGGAUCUCCAUCCCCUUCUUCUGUCUCUACACCAUCUCCAUCACAGGUAACACCAGCAUCCUCGCUGCCAUCCGCACAGAUCCAUCACUCCACCAGCCCAUGUACCUUUUCCUUUCCAUGCUGGCCCUGACUGACCUGGGCCUCACGCUCACUACCUUACCCACGGUCAUGCAGCUCCUCUGGUUCAACAUCCAUAAAAUCAGUUUUGAUGCCUGCUUUGCCCAGUUCUUCUUCCUCCAUGGGUUCUCCUUCAUGGAAUCCUCUGUCCUGCUGGCCAUGUCCUUUGACCGCUACGUGGCGAUUUGCCGACCUCUCCAUUAUGCCUCUGUUCUCACCAAUGAAGUCAUUGGUCGGAUUGGACUCGCCAUCAUUUGCCGCUGUGUCCUGGCUGUCCUUCCUUCGCUUUUCCUGCUCAAGCGCCUGCCCUUCUGCCGCUCUCACCUCUCCCACUCCUACUGUCUCCACCAGGAUAUGAUUCGCCUGGUCUGUGCUGACAUUCGCCUUAACAGCUGGUAUGGGUUUGCUUUGGCUUUGCUCAUCAUUGUAAUGGAUCCUCUGCUCAUUGUAUUCUCCUAUACACUCAUCCUGAAAAAUAUCUUGAGCACAGCCACCUGGACUGAGAGACUCCGUGCCCUCAAUAACUGUCUGUCUCAUGUUCUAGCUGUUCUUCUCCUCUAUGUUCCCAUGGUUGGUGUAUCCAUGACUCACCGCUUUGCCACACAUGCCUCUCCAUUGGUCCAUGUUAUCAUGGCCAAUGUCUACCUUCUGGCUCCACCAGUGAUGAACCCCAUCAUUUAUAGUGCAAAGACCAAGCAGAUUCGCCGGGCAAUCUUUCACCUCUUUUCCCCAAAAUCUAUGCAGUUGAAAUGA